AUUCCCCUCCUGCAGAUCCGAAGUCCGGAGGCAUUUUGGUUCAUACAGGACUAUUAAACUUUAACUUAACGAGCUCGUGCAUGAUCCGGGUUUUAUAAGUCUCGUGUCUUCAGAGAGAGAGAGAGAGAGUGCGGAACAGAGGGGGAGGACUUCAGUCAGGGGCUGCCGAUGCUGCGUUAAAGAUCCAACUAAACCCUCAGCUGAAAAUACCGCAACAUGGCCAAGGUGAAGUUUGUUCCAUCUGUAGAAGCUGAAUCCAACAGGAGAAAACCUGCAGACGAGGGCAGCGUCUCUCCUUAGUCAGCAGAUUUCACUCACCUAAAAACCUAAAAAACAAACCAGUCUAGGGGCUCUGGUGUCACGUGAUCUCCCCAGAAACUAUGUGGAACCAAUUACCCGCUCAGCAUCUGCUUCAUAGUGGUUAACGAGUUCUGUGAACGCUUCUCCUACUAUGGCAUGAAAGCGGUGCUGACCCUGUACUUCCUCAGCUACCUGAAGUGGGACAAAGACCUGUCCACAGCUGUCUAUCAUGCCUUUAGUGGUCUCUGCUACUUCACUCCCAUCCUAGGAGCGCUCAUCGCUGACUCCUGGCUCGGAAAGUUCAAAACCAUCAUCUACCUGUCCAUUGUUUACGUGAUCGGCCAUGUGAUAAAGUCAGUGGGAGCCAUUCCCACGGUGGGAAACAAGGACGUGCACAUAGCUCUGUCUAUGUUGGGCCUGAUCCUCAUAGCCUUCGGCACCGGAGGAAUCAAACCCUGCGUGGCGGCAUUCGGAGGAGACCAGUUCGACGAGGACAGCAUGAAAGAAAGGCAAAAGUUCUUCUCCAUUUUCUACAUGUCCAUCAAUGCCGGAAGCCUCCUGUCUACUGUGAUCACUCCCGUGUUGAGAGGGGACGUGAAGUGUUUUGGUGAAGACUGCUACGCUCUGGCCUUUGGAGUUCCUGCAGCUCUGAUGAUGGUGGCUUUAGCCGUGUUCAUUUUUGGCAGCAGUCUUUACAAGAAGAAUCCACCUCAGGGAAACAUCUUGUUGCAAGUCUGCAACUGCAUCGGUUUUGCUAUUAAAAACCGCUGGAACAGCUCCAAGUCUGCCCCAAAGAGGACGCACUGGCUGGACUGGGCUGAGGACAAGUACUCGGUACGAAAACCUUCCUCAAGAAUGAUUCCUGAGAACGUAAACUGUAAAUUCCUGGAAACAUUAAAUCCGUUUAUUGUGUUCUUUUCCCAACAGAAGCGCCUGAUUGAGGAGAUUAGGAUGGUCCUGCGGGUUCUGGUGCUCUACAUCCCUCUGCCGAUGUUUUGGGCUCUGUUUGAUCAGCAGGGUUCUCGCUGGACGCUCCAAGCCACAAGAAUGAACCUGGCUUUUGGAGAGUCCUUCACUAUCAAGCCUGACCAGAUGCAGAUGCUGAAUGCUCUGAUGAUUCUGCUCUUUGUGCCCAUCUUUGACCUCAUCAUCUAUCCGCUCGUCAGCCUGUGUCGGAUCAACAUCAGGCCUCUCAGGAAAAUGGCCACCGGGAUGAUUUUUGCAGCGCUCGCCUUUGGAGCAGCCACUCUUGUGGAGGUCAAUGUUGUGAAAACCGUAGUGGAACCAGCUCCUGCAGGGAAGUGUCUCCUGCAGGUUUAUAACCUGGCAGGACGAGACAUCAGUGUGAAGGUCCCAGACAAUGAUGUGUUUCCAGACCCAAUCAAGGACCUUCAGGACCUUCCGAAUUAUGAAACACUCCUCCUCGAGGCUUCCAGCAAGGUCCUGGGAAUUGCGGUCACACUUUCUGGAAAGGAAUCAGUGUGUGAGCAGACGUUUGAAGAGCAGAAGGCUUACAGUCUCAUCAUUUACAAUACGAAUAGUGGAAUUAAGUGCAAAAUGGUAGAAGAUUACAUAAAGAAAAAUGAAGACGGGAACCCUAAUAUUAGGUUCUUCAACACUCGGCCAGAGCCCGUGAACCUAACGGUUGGACGUGAGCAGUUUUACGUUCCCUCUGAUUACAGCAUGACUCCAAACAAGAGCGUGGAUCGAGGAGAGUACCCAUCAGUGAACUGCAGCGCCAGGCCAGAGACCUGUGACAGUCUGAAUCUGGGCCUGCUGGACUUUGGAGCCUCCUACACGUUCAUCCUCCUCCAGGAAUCAGGUACGAUUGUGGCUAAAAGGAUGGAGGACGUGGAAGCCAACAACGUGCACAUCGCCUGGCAGAUCCCCCAAUACGUUCUCCUGACCGCAGGAGAGGUCAUGUUCUCCAUCACGGGCCUGGAGUUCUCCUAUUCACAGGCUCCAACCAACAUGAAGUCGGUCCUGCAGGCCGGCUGGCUGCUCACGGUGGCGUUUGGGAACGUGAUAGUGCUGAUUGUGGCCGAAGGUGCAGGACUGGAGCAGUGGAAGGAGUUCCUGCUGUUUGCCGGCCUCCUGCUGGGCGUUUGCGUCAUCUUCUCCAUCAUGGCCUACUUCUACACAAACAAUGACCCCGAACAGCUGGACAAGAUUUUCUUGGAGGACUCGAGAUGGGACGAAGACGAGGAUGACAACAUGAAGAAGAAAAACGAAGAGAUCCAGCUGAACAAAGCGGGGAAGAGCACCAGGCUGUAACCGGGUCCCCGUGGGUUUAUUCAGAUAAAAGUGAAGAUGUGAUUGUGAGACCUAUCUUAUUCUGAAGUUGUGUUUUUUUUGCAGCAAAAUGUACUUUUGUGCACCUUCCUCACCAUCCUGUUUGUUCUAAUGGAACAGGCAGAAUAACUAUGUGAAAAAGUGUUGACCAGAUAAUGUGAUUGUUUCAUGGUGUUGUUGUAGAUGUUAAGAAUCUGUAUAUAUGUGCUGCAUCUUGGUGUUAACAUGCUGUUUUCUGUGUUAUAACUAUUAACUACAGGUUUACACAGCGUGUCUAUGACACCAGCAGAGACCAUUCUAGUCUUAACGUAACUAACUGAAGGAUUUCUAAAGUCUGAUGGCAUAUCAGCCGGUUUACCAGUAAACACACACAUGACGGGUAUAAUGGCUUUGUUUGUAUUUCUGCAGAUCUGUUCAUGAUCAACCCCACAGCGUUAGCGGGGUCGUUUACAGGAACGAGGACUGGUGUGUUGAAACCCGUCAGCCUCCACAUAUAAACCUGAUCCGUUGUGUUUGUUUUGUGGGCUUAUUUUAUGAUUCGAUUCAGGGAAAGUGGAAAUGAAGCUGAUCCCUGAAAACAUGUAAAUAAAAUAAAUGACCAUGAUGCUAAAA